AACAUUUAAGCGACACACGCCGACGAAGAUACGUUCGCGUCGAACGCCGGGUUAAGUUUUUCGAUUGCGAUUUUUUCGUGAAAGUGCAGUUUAAUUCUCGUCUAUUGCAAAUUUAAAUUUUUAAUUGCAGUUUACGCAACCCGAAUUCGAGAAUUCAUUUUUCUUCGAACAACCGCUUUAAAUUCGGCUUCAACAGCUCGAAAAUUGCUGUCGGGAAGUUGAGUUUUGGUGCGGUAUGGUUAGUCAUUACAACCUCCAAGGUGAUAAUUUGACAAAGGCCGAAAAACUUCCAGAAGAAAAAAGUGCUAAUAAGAAAAAUGAUACCAAACACUAUAUUAAUUUUGGCGAAGAAGAUCAAAUGGAGAUACAAGGGUUUGUCUUCAGUAAGCUGAAAUCCUCAAUGUGCACGGUUUUCUAUCUGACAACCCUGGGAAUUUUAAGACUCGUUUUUCACUGGUACCCCGUAUGGCAUCUGAAGGCUACACACAGACGAACCGAUUUGAAGAAUGCCGAAAAAGUUUUAAUUGCGGAUAAUUAUCAUGGCAAAGCUACGUCCCAUUUUGUAAGGAACAUUAUUACAUUGAACAGUGAUAGUUUGCAAGGAAACUAUGGUGAUGGCCUGAAAAAAAUGUUAAAAUUCCGAUUGCAGGAUGGACAAACAAAAGAACAAUAUGAAAUAAACGUAAUCAAUUGCAAGAAACUUACAUACAUAUGGGACGAAGACAAAGGAAAAUUUAUCAAACUGGCCGGACUUGAAAAUGGAAUAACUCGAGCCAACUUACAUGAAUUUAAUGGACAAUCUAAAGAAGAGCAAAUAAGAAAGAGAACCGUUUACGGUGACAACAAAAUAGCCACUCCAGAACAAACGGUCAUGCAGUUACUUGUUUUGGAAGCUUUGACGCCCUUUUACAUUUUCCAGCUUUUCAGUUUGGUCGUCUGGUCUGCAGAACAGUAUUACUAUUAUGCUGUCGCUAUUGUUAUCAUGUCAGUUGUUGGUAUUGCCACUUCUAUUAUACAAACUCGAAAGAAUCAAAAAAAUCUCAAAGGAACAGUAGCAUUCACAUCCAUAGCCACAGUUUAUAGAGGAGAUGACAUCUAUGAGGAAAUGUCUACGACCAAUCUGGUACCCGGUGACGUAAUUGUAAUACCGCAAUAUGGUUGUGAAAUGCAUUGCGACGCUGUUUUGCUUUCUGGAAGCUGUAUUGUUAACGAGAGUAUGCUCACAGGAGAAUCUGUACCCAUCACUAAAACAUCUUUGGACCACCACGAAACGUUGUACGAUUUAAAAGAAGACGCCAAUCAUACAUUGUUUUGUGGCACUAAAGUGAUACAAACCAGAGCCCGAAACAAUGAAAAAGUCUUGGCUGUAGUUAUCAGAACAGGAUUUCUAACCAGCAAAGGCGAACUAGUAAGAAGUAUUCUAUACCCUCCCCCAGCCGAUUUCAAAUUUGACAGGGACAGCUACAAAUACAUCGGAAUUUUAGCGUUUAUUGCCGCUUGUGGAUUCAUAUACACUAUCGUAUCAAAGUUGCAACGUGAAGUAGCUGGCAUGGACACUAUCAUCAAAGCAUUGGAUAUUAUCACUAUAGUUAUUCCACCUGCUCUACCAGCAGCCAUGACUGUUGGAAAAUUAUUCGCUAUUCAUAGACUGAAGAAAAGCAACAUUUUCUGUAUUAACAGUAGAGUUAUCAAUGUAUCUGGUUCAGUAGAUUGUGUUUGUUUUGAUAAGACUGGUACACUCACUGAAGAUGCCUUAGACCUGUGGGCUGUGGUACCUGUAAGAGAAAAACUUUUGGUCGCACCAAUAAAGAAAAUUCUGGAAUUGCCUUCAACCUGUGGAUUACUGAAAGGCAUGACCGUUUGCCAUUCGUUGACUUCCAUUGAUGGUGAAGUGGUUGGUGAUCCAUUGGAUGUCAAGAUGUUUGAAUCAACCAAAUGGAUGUUCGAAGAUAACCAUCACAUAUCCAAAAGUUAUGGUAGUUUUACUCCGUCAGCUCUUGUUAGGUCUCCAGUUAAUAUGGCUGAUGAAAUAGGCAUAGUAAAACAAUUCCAAUUUUCUUCAUCAUUGCAAAGAAUGUCUGUGAUAAUUAAAUCCCUAGAAGCUGUAACGUUUGAAGUAUUUUGCAAAGGGUCUCCUGAAAAAAUUAUUUCAUUGUCCAAUAAGGAUACAGUCCCUAACGAUAUACACCAACAGUUGAAAGAGUAUACUGAACUUGGAUACAGAGUCAUUGGAGUGGCUAGCAAAAAGUUACCAGAUCACCUCACUUACCAAAACAUAGUAAAAAUGCACAGAGACGAAGUAGAAAACGAAUUAGAAUUUUUGGGCUUAUUGAUUUUCGAAAAUCGCCUAAAGCCUGAAACAACUGGGAUAAUUAAAACUUUGAAGGAUGCCCAACUAAAAGUAGUAAUGAUUACCGGUGAUAAUAUUCAAACAGCAGUAACAGUAGCUCGAGAAUGCCUCAUUAUUGAAAAAGAUUGCACAGUCAUUGAAGUAUUAACAGAAAAACCUACCAGAAAUGAAUUCGCCAGUAUUAGUUAUCACGUUUUGACUCAACAAUCAAAUAAAGAGGCUAGCAUUAAUAUCCUGAAUGGCACAAAUGGCAAAUCAAAAGACGUAAAUAUGAAAUAUUCCUUUGUGAUCACUGGUCAAUCAUGGUCCAAUAUAGUAAAAUAUUUCCCCGAUUUGGUACCAAAGAUUGUGACUAAAGGAGCCGUUUUUGCAAGGAUGUCUGGAUCUCAAAAGCAACAUCUUGUCGAGGAAUUUAAAAAUUUGGGAUAUUAUGUUGCAAUGUGCGGAGAUGGAGCCAACGACUGUGGAGCUUUGAAAGCAGCUCACGUAGGGAUAUCACUCUCAGAAGCAGAAAGUAGCGUAGCUUCUCCAUUCACCUCAAAAGAACCAAACAUCUCCUGCGUACCCAAAGUUGUCAAAGAAGGUCGAGCAGCUUUGGUGACAUCGUUCGGCGUAUUCCAAAUGAUGCUGUGCUACAGCCUAACGGAAUUCUUAUCUGUGAUUAUUCUUUAUGAUAUCGAUACCAACUUGAGUUCAAUGCAAUUUUUGUUCAUUGAUGUUUGCCUUAUUUUGAACUUUGCUGCCACUUUUGGAAGGACUCCGGCUUAUCCUAAACUUUCUAAGACGGCCCCCAGAACUAGCCUAUUGAGUUUCAUUCCAAUAUGUUCUAUGACAUUACUUAUGUUGUUGGUUUCUGUUUCACAACGUUUGGCAUUUUAUUGGAUUACAACUUAUCAAUGGUUUACACCGUUUGUUUAUGAUCCAAGUGAUGCUGGUAUAACAUCUUUUAAUCCUUCCUAUGAAAACUAUGCGGUUUAUUGCACGUCAAUGUUCCAAUACAUUGCGAUGGCUAUAAUUUUCUCCAAAGGCAAACCAUAUAGGAAACAUAUGUUUACAAACAAAAUUUUUGUUUUCUGUUUGUUUGCUAUGACUAUUGUUUCUGGCUAUAUGACCUUGUACACUCCAGAAUGGCUUGCAAGCAUUAUGGAAUUGAAAGUACCACCAGAAAUGGACGGUAGAAUGAUGUGUAUUUAUAUAGCAGUGGGAACAUUUGUUGCUUGCUACAUCGUGCAAUGCUUAUUUGUGGAAAUUUUCCUGGAAAAAAUUGUCGAACCAGCUCUUUCGAGAUUGUCUAAAAACAAAAAACCUUAUUUGGAGGUGAUGAAGUCUCUGCAACGUGAUUCCUAUUGGCCACCGACUAGUACAGAAUUGACAAAGCUUGAUUAUGUUAACGAAAAUGGUAAAAUAAAUGGAUAUCACAAUGCUGCUUUUGAUAGUUACCAAUUUUAACUCAAGAAGGAAUUUAGUUUUAAGGCUAUUUUUGUAUACAAAUAAAUAAGUAUUAAUCUUUUGA